AUGGAGUACUAUGUAGCUUACCUUCUGAUGCCAUGCCUGCUGUGGUGGAGCAUCAAUCUGCUCUGGCGACCGUCCAGCUGGAAGUUUGGCUACGGCGGCAACCGGCUGCCGCCGGGCCCACGUCCGCUCCCGAUCAUUGGGAACAUCCUUGAGCUCGGCGACAAGCCCCACCAGGCGCUCGCCAAGCUCUCCAAGCUAUAUGGCCCUGUUAUGAUGAUAAAGCUAGGGGCAAUCACAACUAUAGUCAUCUCCUCUCCGGAGGCUGCCAAGGAAGCCCUCCAAAAGAACGACCAGCUCUUGUGCGGCCGGCAGAUCCCUGACACCAUCAAGGCGAGCGGUCACCACGCCGAGUCCGUCGUGUGGCUGCCCGCCUCCGAUAAGUGGAAGCAGCUCAGGAAGGUGUGCACCGUCCAGAUGUUCUCGGCACACAAGUUGGACGCAGGCCAGCUCCUCCGCCGCAAGAAGGUGGACGAGCUCGUCAGCUUUGUCCACCAGAGCUGCCGGCGAGGCCAUUGCGUUGACAUUGGGAAGGCCGCCUUCACCACCGUGCUCAACUUGAUCUCGAACACGCUCUUUUCAGUCGACUUGGCCAACCAUGACGAGGGCUCCUCCCAGGAGUUCAGGAACCUUGUGUGGGGCGUGAUGGAGGAGACCGGAAAGCCCAACAUGUCAGAUUUCUUCCCAGCUCUCCGGUGGUUUGACCUCCAGGGCGCACGCCGGAGGAUCUCGGGUUACUUCAGCAGACUCGCCAUCUUCGGCGGGAUGAUCGAGGAAAGGACUCAAGUGAGGGCCUCGAUGAUCGACUCUUCACCGAGCAACGAUGUGCUCGAUUCUCUGAUUAAUUUAAACGAGAGUGGUGAAUUGAGUCGCCAUGAAAUUAAGAGCUUGCUUCUGGACUUGUUUGUCGCAGGAGUCGACACAAGCACGAGCUCGCUGGAGUGGGCGAUGGCAGAGCUGCUGCACAAUCUGGAGAAGAUCGCGCGAGCCCAUGAAGAGCUCGAUCGAGUCGUCGGUGGCAAUGGAGGAACACUGCAAGAGCCCGACAUCGCAAGGCUCCCUUACUUACAAGCCAUAGUCAAGGAGACUCUAAGGCUGCACCCGCCGGUCCCGUUCCUGAUCCCGCACAAGGCCGAGAGCGACGUGGAGAUGUGCAGGUUCCUGUUGCCCCGGCACACCCAGGUGCUGGUCAACGUGUGGGCCAUGGGGCGGGACCCCAGCAUAUGGCCCGACCCAGACAGCUUCAUGCCGGAGCGGUUCUUGGGGCGCGAGAUUGACUUCAAGGGCCGCGAUUUCGAGCUCAUCCCCUUCGGGACCGGGCGGAGGAUAUGCCCUGGGAUGCCCUUGGCCUAUAGGAUGGUGCACCUGAUUUUGGCCUCUCUCUUGCGCUCGUUUGAUUGGAAGCUUGAGCAGGGGGUGAGGCCUGAAGAGAUGGACAUGACUGAGAAAUUUGGGAUCACAUUGCAGAAGGCAACGCCUCUCCGUGCUAUUCCCAUGGAGGUGUGA